GAUGCCCUCCUGGAAGCGCUGCAAGAUGCUCCGGAUGUCGUGGCCCAGGCAGCAGCCUUCAAGGCUCGAUCUGAGGGCGCGAGGGCACUUCACAAAAGCGCAGAAAGGAAGACGGAAGAGGAGGGAGCCAACUCGGGCUGCCAGAUGAGAGCAUCUGCAGCCCAGGCUCAGGCCACAACUCGGGGCGAAGUGCAGAGCUUUGACGUGGAAGCAGCCGGUGCCGCGGGCCGACGACGUGCAAAAGGCAGGUCUUGGCGAGGUACGAUGGCCGUUAUUCUGGUGAGCCUCGUGAUUUGGGCUAUACUCCUCACGGUGUGGAGUCCUCCUGAGCUCUGGCCACAUGUGCCCGAUGCCUCAACAGCGACCGGAGGACAGGCGAAGGAGGUAGUGAGAAGCACCCCAAAGCCGAUCCAGCUGCCCGGGCGUUCCAAUGAAACCCUUGCGGCUGUCAUAGCUAGCCCGCGUGGCCGUGUCAACGUGUCCUGGGCCUCCCUGGAUAUCUCUGGCAAUCUGUCAGAGGAGACUCAGAACUCCACAGGUGGAGGGCGCCCAAACCCGUUCCGCCGCAAGGGACGUCGGGCUGACGGUAUCGGCCAUUGA